AAAAUUUCCCAAAUUCAAACAACAAUCACCUUCUGUCCUCAUCUCCAUCACAAACCAACACUGAAACUAGCCGUAAAAAUACUUCAAAGAUCAAUCCACGAUGCCGGCCCUCCUCAACAACGGCGGCGGCGGAGGAGGAGUAGAAGAAGUCGAGCAGCAGCUUGAAUUAACUCAAAAAAUAGCUAGGGUUUUGGAUGAGGUCAGGUCGUCCCAUGCUACCCACCUCCGGAAGCUCAAGGAGCUCUCCGCUCUCCGUUCCCGCUCAUCUGUAUCCUCGGAGAAGUUCUUUGCGGCUUUCUGCACAGCGUUGACUCCACUUUUUGACUUCCAACGCCGUACUUCCUCCGCGGAGAGAAUUAUCCGAUUCGUCGCGAUCUUUGCGGGUGAACGGGACUCGAAGAAUGCCUCCCACAGUGAUGCGUUUCUCGAGCAGUUCCUUAGGUUUUUGCUCGUGGCUGCGGUGGCAGCCAACAGGACGGCGAGAAUCAGAGCUUGUCAGAUCAUUUCUGAGAUCAUAAUGCGGCUGCCGGAUGACACUGAAGUUAGCAAUGAACUUUGGGAUGAGGCGAUAGAUGGAAUGAAGUUGCGUGUUGGUGAUAAGGUCCCUGCUGUGCGAACAUUUGCUAUCAGGGCUCUUUCACGCUUUGUGAAUGAUUCAGAAAAUAGUGAUGUUCUAGAGUUAUUCAUGCAGACAUUACCCCUUGAGCAGAAUGUGGAUGUUCGUAAGACAAUUGUGCUUUCUCUUCCGCCUUCGCACUCCACUGCUACUACAGUAAUUGACUGCACCUUGGAUGUGAGUGAAUCUGUACGUAAAGCAGCUUAUUGUGUGCUUGCUAGUAAGUUUCCCCUACAGAGCCUCAGCAUCAAACUUAGGACAACUAUCUUGCAGAGGGGGUUGGCAGAUCGCUCCUCGUCUGUCAUGAAGGAGUGCAUUAAAUUGAUGAAAGAUGAAUGGCUUGCCAAAUGUUGCAAUGAUGACCCAAUAAAACUUUUAAAAUUUCUUGAUGUUGAAACCUAUGAGUCAGUUGGAGAGUCAGUAAUGAGCACUUUGUUAAAAGCAGGACUGGUGAAAUUGCAAGAUGGUCAAAGUAUUAGGCAGUUCUUUACAUCAACUAGUGACUCUGCUGAAGGACAAUGCAACUGCACUGUCCAAGUAAUGGAAGCAGAGGUUGCAUUUUUUUGGAGAACCUUCUGUAAGAACCUGCAGGUGGAAGCACAAGUGAAGGGCUCUGAUGCUGCAAUGAAAACAGGCACUGAAUCUGCUGUCUAUGCAGCAGAAGCUUCAGACAGUAAUGAUCUUCUUGACCAAGUUCUACCUGCUACUGUCAGUGAUUAUGUGGAAUUGGUUAAAGCUCAUAUAGAUGCUGGCCCAAAUUAUCGCUUUGCAUCUCGGCAAUUACUAUUGCUUGGUGCAAUGCUUGACUAUUCUGAUGCUUCAAACAGAAGGGUUGCUGGUGAAUUUUUGCAGGAGUUGCUGCACAAACCCCUUGAUUAUGAACUGGAUGAGCAUGAAAAUGAGGUGGUUAUAGGAGAUGGUAUCAAUUUAGGUGGGGACAAGGAUUGGGCUGUUGCUGUGUCAGAACUGGCAAGGAAAGUGCAUGCUACACCAGGAGAAUUUGAAGAAGUGGUUGUAGGGGUUAUAGAAGAACUUGCUCGACCUUGCAGGGAAAGGACAGCAAAUUGUAUGCAAUGGCUUCACUGUCUUGCUGUGAUUAGCCUUCUCUUGGAAAACGCACAGUCAUUUCGUUGGAUGCAGGGGAAGGCCAUAGAACCUCUAGAGAUUUUGCAUUCUGUUUUGCUUCCUGGGGUAAAACAUGUCCAUUUGGAUGUUCAGAGGGCUGCCACGAGGUGUCUAGGUCUUUUUGGUCUUUUGGAAAGGAGGCUUAGUGAUGAUUUAGUAAAACAUUUAAGGCGCUCUUUUGUUAAAGGCCCUUCUCCAGUUACUAUUAUGGCUUCUAAGGCUUUGAUUGAUCUUGCAAUGUGGCAUGGUCCUAAUGAAGUAGAUAAAGCCAUGAAUGAACCUUUGUCUUCACAACUCCGUGAUCAUUCCAUGGUUUUUACACCAAUUGAACUCUGUGAUGGAAGAGAGGAUUUUGAGAUAGAAUUGCUUGAUCUUUUAUAUAAUGGACUUCAAAAGAAUGACUGGGAUGAUUGUGUAGAGAGUAAUGACAAUGAGUCAGUUAAGUCCAUUCUUGGAGAGGGAUUUGCAAAGAUUCUUCUUCUUAGUGAGAAGUAUUCAGGCCUACCUGCUUUGUCACAUCCUGUACUAUUUGCCAAACUAAUUGGCUUGUACUUUUUUAGUGAGUGCAAAGAAUUUCAGAGGUUGAAACAGUGUUUAUCUGUAUUCUUUGAGCACUAUCCAUCCCUCUCAGUGAAUCACAAGAUGUGCUUAUCCAAGGCUUUUGUGCCAGUUAUGCGCUCUAUGUGGCCAGGCAUCAAUGGAAAUGCUGCAGGGUCUCCAGUAAUAGUAUCUAACAUGCGCAAACGUGCUGUGCAAGCAUCACUUUUCAUGGUGCAGAUGAUGCAAGCUCCCAUUUACAAAAAGGGGACUGCACCUUCCAAUGAAGAUGGCACGAAAAACCUAGAUGAUUCAGUGGAUCCUUCCUCAGAGUAUGAGAGUGGAGAAGAAGGGCUUGCAAUACGAAUUGGUGCUGAGGUAACUAGCUUCCGUGGCAAGAAGACAGCUGCUGAGAAAUCAUAUACAUCUGCACUCUGCAAGACGCUAGUCUUGCUCCAUUUUAGGUCAUCAGAACAAGAGGCUGUUAAGUUAAUGCGGCAGCUAUUAAACCUUAUCUUUGAAUCUGUAGCAGCUGAGAAGGAGCCCUUGAAGGAUUUGAAACAGAUGGCUGAAAGGCUACAGGCUUUAGACAGACAUCCAGAUCAGAAAUUGUCUUCUGAUCAGGCUAAUCUUAUUUUAGGGAAGCUAGAGGUUGAAGUAACAUUUGAUGAGGACAUCUCCAUGGAAGUGCCACCUACUCCAGCACCAAAAUCAACUAGACCAAGCCGUGGCAGGAGAAGAGUGAGGAACGUGGAAGAAUCUUCCUCAGACGAGGAGUUCUCACCCUCGUCUGCCGUUCCUGCUAACCCUGGUGCAAUGAGCACUCGGUCACAGAGGGCUAGUAAGACAGUGGCAUUGUCCAAGAUGACUGCCAAUAGAACACUUAAGAUCGAUGAGGAAGGUGAAGAUGAAGAUGAAGGUUCAGAGGUGACAUCCAACGAUGAUGAUUCUGAUGCGUUUGAUUAGUCAUAUGUUACAGGAUUCAUCCGACUAGGGAUAUAGUUUAGGCAAAUGCUGUUUGCUUUCAAUUUAGUAUAAAUACCCACUAAGCUGGCAAGUUCAAGAUGAUAUUUCUUAUGAGGACUUACUUUCUCAGUGAGUAGAUGUAAAUUUUGUAAGGUUGAAACGUAAAUUUGUUAAGCAUUGAGAAUUUGAGAUCUCUGUAAGCAUGCAGAAACCUUUUAAAGUGCACUUAAUUACUGCCUUAUUCUUGCUCUGAAUGUAGAGAACUUGAUUUGUGAUAAUGUAAUGCCUUUCAACUU